GUAUCUCAUCUUGUCGUUGGAGAUGGCAGAAGAUGGGAAGUUCUAAAUUGAAAAGUUCGAUGGUACAGAUUUCAGUUGGUGGAGAAUGCAAAUUGAAGAUUUGCUGGUUCAGAAAGAUUUGGACGUGGUAUUGGGUGACAAGCCAGAAAAGAUGUCAGAUGCAGAUUGGGCAGGUUUGGAUCGGAAAGCAAUGUCCGUGAUCCGACUCUCGUUGACCAAGAAUGUUGCAUUCAACAUUCUGAAGGAGACGACAGCGAAGGGCAUCAUGGAAGCGCUGUCUAAUAUGUACGAGAAGUCAUCUGCGGCAAACAAAGUGUUUCUGAUUAGAAAAUUGGUGAACACAAGGAUGAAAAAUGGCACUUCAGUUACCGAGCAUAUCAACAAGUUGAAUUCGAUCUUAGCCAGACUUUUGUCAGUGGGCAUUAAGUUCGAUGAUGAAGUUCAAGCUUUACUACUGUUAUCGUCAUUGCCUGACACUUGGUCCGGAACUGUUACAGCAGUUACCAGUUCAGCGGAACCUGACGGAUUCACUUUUGAGAAGAUUCGUGACCUCGUUCUUGGCGAAGAUGUCAGAAGGAGGAGUUCUGGUGAGUCUUCGGAAGAAUCACUAAAUAUCGUCAGAGGCAGAGGAAAUAACAGAGGUAGUGGGAGCAAGAACAGACGAAGGAGUCGAUCGAAGACUCGGGAUAGCUCAGGCGUAACAUGCUGGAAGUGCAAGGAGGUGGGGCAUUUCAGGAAUCAAUGCCCGAAAGAGGAUAAGCAAGUGAACAUUGCUAGAGGCUCCGCGAGCGACGAGGUUUUGUUUAUCUGUUGUGCGGAGAGCAGUGUAGAUUCCUGGGUCAUGGAUUCUAGUGCUUCAUUUCAUGCUACCCACAGCGGUGAAGCAUUGCAAAAUCUAGUUGUUGGGGACUUUGGAAAGGUACGACUAGCAGACGACGGAGCUCUUGAUGUGACGGGCAUGGGUGACAUAGUGCUGAAGACCCCUGUCGGUUUCUGGACUUUGAAGGAUGUCAGAGUGGUUCCAGCCUUGAAGAAAAGUUUGAUUUCUGUUAGACAGUUGGACGAACAGGGACACGAGGUGAAGUUCGGAAAUGGGCAGUGCAAGGUCGUGAAGGGAAAUCUUGUCAUGGCCCGCGGAAGGAAGAGUGGGUCGUUGUACAUGGUCGGGUUACCGUCUGAGGGAGUGACCGUCCCAGUUCAGAAGAGAAACAAAGUCCGGUUCACAAAGUCUCGUGGGCAGAAGAAGGUUUUCUAUGCAAGAAUGAAACCCAGAGCCACAGGUCAGACUCAGGAUGAACGAGCGAGGAAAGGUUCAAUGAGGCCAGUCAGAGGUAUCUGUGGUAGUGGGAGCACAGGUUUUGCUUCAGCCAAGGUUCCUAUAAGACAUUGGGUCCGGAGAACCAGUAUUCCAGCUGUUGAAACAUCUCCAGAAAAUUUCUUGCUCAGUAUGGAGAUUGUUUGUUCUCAGGAUGUUCCAGGAUCCGGCAGUGCGUGUGUGCAGUGGGAGCCGGUAGGGACCGAGGAUGAGUCAGGGACAGUUCAAGCCAUGACUGAUAGGUUGAAACUCAGGAGAGUUUCAACAGAGUCUUCUCGAUGAUCAAGAAGGCUGGUGGCAACUAGAGGUGGUGGAAUUUUGAGUUCCGUUAUCAGAUUACAGAAGUACAUGUGCACAGUUGAAGCGCAGGUGAACAUUGUUCCGUGGCUUCAAGUGGGAGAUUGUUGAGUGUGAAGCCAGGAAGCUACGUGGAAGCUAACAGGA